UGAUGUUUUUCAAUUUGAACUUUAAAAGGCGGUACAGGGUGACUCAUUAGAACAAAUCCCACAUUGUCUGGUACGGUGAAAAGCUCUGUGAUGUAAUCAAAAGACCGCACGAAGAACGAAAAGAAGUCGAAGAAAAAGCAGCCAAAAAUCUAAAAAUAUGACCACCAACAACAACAACAACAAUACCAACAAGAACAGAAGCGAAACAAUAAACGAAGUUUCAGACCUUUUCUUUGUGUGAGUUUCAAAGUAAUUCAGCAUGGGAAUGGAAGUACAUAUACAAUUAUAUAUAUGGUAUAUACAUAUAAAUACUCACAGCGAAACCGGCUCGAGCAUUCAGUUCGUCGCUGGCUGACGGAAGUGACGGAACCGCCAGAGCAGCGAAAUUUUUGAAAUAGAGCGCGGCCUUCAGACAUUGGAGAGGGGAAAUUUCGUUUGUUGAAUCGAUUUUAAAUACAAUGGAGUACCUGCAAUCUGUCUAUGAGAAAAUCUUUGGAGCCGAUGAGCCCUCAGAUGCCGCACAAAUUAGUUAUGAUACGCCCCGCAAGGUCGUUUGCUUCGGCAAUGUUCUACUGGAUCGCACUGUGAAGCUAGAGGAGCCAGAGCUGCUGCAACGCUAUGAUCUGAAGCUGGGCUCCAAGGGCGAAAUGGAUCUGGAGCAGCUGAACAAAAUUGCCGCAGAUGCAGCUAAUGGCUCCAUCUGCUUAAUCAAUCCAGGCGGCUCCGCAUUGAAUACGGUGCGUAUUCUGAAACAGCUCGGCACAGAUGCCCAGUUCUUUGGCUCGAUUGGCAGCGACAAGCAUGGAGAGGAGCUGCGCUCCCUGCUGCUGGAGCGCGGCAUCGAGGCCCGCCUGCAGGUGGUUGACGAUGUGCAUACGGGGCAGUGUGUGUGCCUCAUGUACAAAGACAGUCCCACGCUCUACGCCAACAUCGGCGCAUCCGCCCACUUCUCUGUUCAAGAGCUGAAGCGCGCUGCUUUGCAUGACACACAAAGCUUUUUGCGACCCAUUGAGCGUAAGCAAAUUCUUUAUGUGGAGGGCUUCUUUGUGCCGUACCGUAAAGAGGUCUGUGGCUAUAUACUGUUGCACCUGGUGCGGGAGCGUCGUUAUCUGGCAUUGAAUCUCAGUGCUCCCUACAUAGUGCGCCAGCAUCCGGAGGAGAUGCUGCAGCUGGCGCGGCGAGCGAUGUUCAUAUUCGGUAAUCGGCAGGAGUUUCAGGAGCUGGCCGAGGUAGCCGGCUGUGAGACCGUGGAGAAGCUGGCCCGCCAGCUGCUGGAGUUGGGCCAGCCCAAGAUCCUGCUAAUCACAAACGGCGAUGCAGGAGUGCAGCUAGCCACCAACUAUGUGGCAGAGCGGGCACCACCCGGCGAUUUGCGAUUCGAGGAUUUCAGAGCACAACGCGCCGAGCAGCUGGUGGAUGCCACAGGAGCUGGCGAUGCAUUUGCUGCGGGCUUCCUGCACGCCUGGCUGGAGAAACGUUCGCUGACCGAGUGCGUCCGUUUGGCCAGCAAUAUCGCCUCCAAGGUGGUGACUCAGGUGGGCUGUAAUCUGCCGUAGCUCGCAUCCGGAGACCCUCAUACUUUAUGAGAUGUGGGUCAGACAAAGAGAAACUCAGCGACACCAAAGUAGGCCCUCAUUGCACCAAUAUUAUAUAAUAUAGAGAUGUAUAUAUGUAUACGAAUAUGUACAUAUGUCUGUGUGUACAUAUGCUUCUGUACUUAGUUCCUUCUGUAGCGACAAUGCACUCAGUGAGUAAUCUAUUCGCUCGCUCGGUUGAAGCAACAUCAAGCAGAAAAUAUU